AUGUUGCCUGAUGAGAAAUUUGCUCGGCAAGUAAGAGAUGAUAAUAAAAGAUUGGUGUGGUUCAAGAACCGUCGCGCGAAAUGGCGUAAGCGCGAACGCAACGCCAUGAACGCAGCAGCGGCCGCCGCCGCGGACUUUAAAUCAGGUUUUGGUGUUGCCAACGCACAAUUCAACGGUCUGAUGACAGCUGCUCAAUUUGCAGACACUGAAGCACUGUAUUCACCUUAUGCCAGCUACGCUGGCGUCAACAAUUGGGCAGCAAAAGUCCCACCGAGUCCUUUGGGGGCGAAAAGUUUUCCAUGGAAUCAUCAUUUAGGUAGUGUAGUUCCUACGAAUCACCAUCACCAUCACCAAUCGGCGGUGAAUUGUUUUAAUCCUGUCUCGUCGUCUAUAAGUCCAGCAGGUGCUGGUGGUGUUAUGGGAGUUACUGGAGGUGUCACUGGUGGUGUUGGUAAUUCAGCACCGUGUCCUUAUACGACGCCUACUAACCCAUACGUGUACAGAUCCGAGCCUUCGUGCGUAGCAAUGUCUUCCAGCAUAGCAAGUCUCCGCCUCAAAGCCAAACAGCACAGCUCAUCAUUUGUAACAUCAACAGGAAAUUCAUCAUACAGCCCUGUUGCCAGCCCCAUACAAUCACGAUCCAGUCCUGGAAGCUCUAGUUUGGGGUCAGCUUUAGGGGCUACUUUAGGAUCUGCACUCACUUCCACUUUAGGGACCACUGGAUUAGGCAGCAGUCUGAGUGCUUGUCAAUACGCUGAUAGGGUUGUCUGAGGACACGCCAAUAACUUGGAUUUUUUUUACCCUACACAAGGAUUUGGGAUGCAAGCAGAUGAAUCGGAAAUCAGAUUGUCUUCCAAUUUUGGUGUUGGGAUUCCAUCCAACGAUCUGCACAUGAAUUUAGGACUUAGAUUGCGCAGUGAUUUGGGGAUGCAAAGUCCCCAUACAGAAAUUACUAGUCUUGGACAAGACUUGAAUGCAACAAAAGUCGGAAGUUUUACUUUAGCAGACGAAUUGGGAUUAUCUGCAAUUACCAUGCAAACGAAUCCUCCUGAAAGUGAUUCCAGGGUUGUUCAAAGUGAUAGGGAUGAUUCGAGUGAUGAUUUGGGAGAUUAUGAAGAAGAACAAUUGUUGAGUGAUCAAGAUGGGCAGUGAAUUUAAUCAAAAGUGAUCCAAAUUAUAGUGAAGUUUCAAAAACUCUGUUUUUGGUGGAUAAUUCAAGAUUUAAAUUGAUCCAGAAUUAUUGUGUGGCAUUUUAAUUUCAUCCAGAUGGAAACUUGAAAUUUUUCUAGGGUUUUAUAUGUGUUGACCAAUUAAUGAGAUCAUUGAAUGUUCCAUGAUAAUCCAAUUCAGAUUUCGGCAAUAUUGGACUAGAAAUAUCAAAUUUGACCAGAUAAUCCACACAAUGAAUUUAUUGAUGAGAUUCAAAUUGUAGUGAAGUUUUAAAAAUUGUUGGUUAUUUAUGGAUGAGCUGUGUAAUCAGAUUAAAAUCUAAAUUGUGUCUGAAU